AUGGGGUCUUACUCCGAGUGUUCAAUCCCGAGUCCGUUUCUCUUCUUAGCUCUCGCGAGCACGAAUCUUAUCAUGGGUUACUGCUGCUCUUUCACUGGUUUGGAGUCCUUGAUUCUGAUUGUUGGUAUUGAUAUCACCAAGAGAAACAAGUGGACAGAUGGGCUACAUGAAGAUUUGAAUAAGGUGAAACGAAAACCAUACAUUGAACUCAAAGAUUCUGAUAGUCGUCCGGAUGAUGAGGUUGCUGAAGAGCUUUGGAACUAUCAUAAGGCUCGGAAUGAUUCUGUAAUAGUUAACGUCUGCCAAGUAUAUGACCACAAGGUCUUUAGAUACUUUGAGAAUCCCCUGGAGUCGGUGAGUUUGAUAAAAGAUGAUGAGCAUAUUGUGGCUUAUUGGAUGAAGCAGAUGCAGAAAGGAUCCGGAGUAGCAAAACUUGAAAUCCUUCAUGGAGGGCAGGAAAGGGCUGUUCUGGAGAGUGUUAAACGCAGAGACGUGAAGCUUUUCGGGACUCCUUUUGUCACUUAUGUCAGCACAGAACCACUGAGUGGAUCUGACGUUGAUGCAGUGAUCUCUUGA